AUGAUGGAUAUCGCAUGGGAACAUGUUAUUCAAGUCGUUGAUGAGAAGGGGAAAAAGGCAUGGAUAUGUAACUUUUGUCAAAAAGUUAUAGGCGGUGGUGGAAUAAACAGGGUUAAGAAACAUCUUGAUGGUAUUAAAGGUGAGGUAGUAGCAUGCCCAAAAGAUAGUCCAAAAGUACGAUAUGGAGGAAGUAGAAUUGUCAACUGUGAAAAAGGGAAAAGGAAAUCUACUUCAAACUUGCAUCCAUUUUUUACGAAAGGUAUAAAUGAUCUUUCCCAACCCACUAUCAAAUCUGCAAUGCAAAGUAAGGAAAAAAUACAUGAUGUGGAUUUAGUUAUUGUUAUGUGGUUUUAUGAUGCAUAUGCAAAAAAGUCAGUUUCAUUGAUAAUUGAUUCGUUAAGAAGUCAAUGGGUUGAUAUUGGUUCUAGAAUUAUGAGUGAUGGUUGGAGGGAUGUUUCACAACGACAUUUGAUUAAUUUCUUGGUUUAUUUUCUGAAAGGGAUAUUAUUUCUUAAAUCUGUUGAUGCAUCUGAUAUAGAAAGCAAUGCUACAAAUUUGUGUAAUAUGUUUGCUGAGAUUGUUGAUAUGGUAGGAGAAAAAAAUAUGGUACAAAUGGUAACUGAUAAUGCCGCUAAUUACAAGCUUUCUGGUACUAACUUAUGUGAAAGAUAUCCUUAUAUUACUUGGUCUCCAUAUGCAGCACAUUGUAUUAAUAUUCCCUUGAAUUGGUUAAGAAAAAGGCCCGUUUGGAAAGAAAUUAUCAGUCCAGGUGCUACUCGGUUUGGUACCGUGUUCAUUGCAUUGCAAAGUUUGUAUGACCAUAAAGAAGAUUUACAAGCAAUUGUCAUAUCUAAUGAGUUUAAGAAGAUGUUGAAAGUGAGAAAUGCAGUUGAAUGUAAACAAAUUUUCUUGAAUGAAAUCUUUUGGAAGAAUUGUUUGAUUACAGUGAAAGUAAUGACUCCUUUGUUAGAGCUUUUGCGGUUGUGUGAUUCGGAUGAAAAACCUGCAAUUGGUUAUGUUUACGAGGGAAUGCGUCAGGCAAGAAGAGGGAUUAAGGAAUUGUUUAAGAAGAAGAAGGAAUUAUAUAGGCCUUACACUAACAUAAAUGAUAGUCGUUGGGAUAGGAUGUUAAGAAAAAGUAUUUAUUGUGCGGCUUAUUGGUUGAAUCCCGUUUUUCAAUAUGAUCAUGCAAAUCUUUGUAAGAAGAAUGAGGUGUUUCAAGGCGUUCUUGAAAUGGUUGAGAAGAAUUUUAAAUGUGAUGAUGUUUUAAAUAUUACAUUGAAUUUAGGCAGGUUUCAUGAUGCUGAAGGUACCUUUGGUAGAUCUAGUGUCAUUGUUUCUCGUAAUCUUACUCGUCCAGAUGAGUGGUGGAAGUUAUUUGGCGGAGAUAUUCCGGUUUUGAAAAAGUUUGCUAUUAGAAUAUUAAGUCAAACAACAUCUUCUUCCGGUUGUAAACGUAAUUGGAGUGUAUUUGAAAGGAUUCACAUGAAAUGGAGGAAUAGAUUGGAACAUCAAAGGCUAAAUGAUCUUGUAUUUGUUCAUUACAACUUGCAUUUACAAAAUAGAUUGAAGGUUGAUAUGAGGUCUUACGAUCCUGUUGACUAUGUAAAUAUUGAUAAGACAAUAUUUUGGGAGGUUGAAGAAGAGCGGUGUACAUGUCCCUUAAUCAUGUUUAGCAUCAACUAA